GCAAGGGAUAAAGGCGUGUCUGGAACUAUAGUGGGUUUGAUCUUUGGAACUUAUUCGUUUGUGAUUUUCAUCUUUUCGCCAUUUUGCGGAGUUCUUAAAGUAAGGGAGGAAGUGGGAUUUUGUGACAUGAUUGUAGAUCGGGAUGUGUUCAUAGCUGUUUGCUUUGUGUUAAGAGCAACAUGUGCCAUUGGAGGGGCUGCAACUGAAACCUCAACAGUGUCCAUUUUACUGACAAAAUUUCCUGAUAAUGUUGGAAUGGUUUCAGGCGUGGUGGAGACAGCUGCUGGAGCCGGAAAUGCCUUUGGUCCAGUUAUUGGAGGAUUUCUUUACACAGUUGGUGGUUUUAAACUUCCAUUUUUUGUCACGGGUGGCACUUUGAUUGGUGCAAUUCCAAUUAUAGCAUUGGCACUUGGCAAAGGAGAAGAAGAGAAGAAAGACGAGGACAAGGAAUCAAUAUCCAGGUUAAAAGUGCUUAAAAUUCCAUCUGCACUCAUGUUAUGUAAGUACAUGAGUACUCUUAACAUUGUUCUCAAACGAUGGUAUCUAUUCACUUCACAGAUGGGUCAAAAUACAACACAGAUUUAUCUCGUUUUUCUUUAUUGGUCUGGCACGUACACUCUGUUAGCGCCAAUAGUGGGCUACAUAGGAGAUAAAACGAAACCUUAUCUUGAUGGUAAACUUCUCAUUGGAUCCCGCUAUUCUUGCAGGACGAUUUGGCUGGUUAUUUUUGCAAUAACCAUUCAAGGAAUUGCUGGUGGUUUUGCUUUUGUACCCAUCAUGCCUGACCUUAUUAAAAGUUUAAGGGCAAAUGGAAUGCCCGAUAAUUCCUCAACAAACGCGCUUGUGUCGAGUAUUUACGGUUCUAUGUACUAUUUAGGAGCAACAAUUGGACCCAGUCUGGCUGGAGUAUUAGAUGAUCAUUUUGGAUUUGAGUGGGCCAUGAGUGUAGCAGCUUUCAUCUGCCUUUUCCAUACCCUGGUGAUUUGUUUAUUCACGAUGAGUGAAAAGAUCUCUUUAAGGUUGGUAGAUAGCUCAAUGACGUUAGUAACAGUUGUUCUUUUUUCUGCUAAAAGUACUUUACUAGUAGCUAGAACCCCUUUUUGGAGUAAUCAUGAAGGAACGUAACUGAAUUCGACCAGUCCUGAUUUAAAAUAAUUUUUAAUUUUUUUGUUACAUUGACCCUUUUGGAAGGAAUUGCGCACAUGAAGAAAUAAAAAAAUAACUUCAGAUAAGCCUUGUCUUACGGUCUUAAAGUGAAACUGAAUUAACACGUUGCACGACUACUAGUGCUCUUACGAACGGAACGUUGAUUUACAAUUUCUCAGGCCAAGCUUUGCAAAACCCUUUGGGUAUUAAUCAUAGUCAACUUCUUGAAAAAUAACCAUAUGUUGCCAAGGUAAUUAAAAAUGUUUUUGUGCAAACCAACGAACUGAACACAACGACCCAACUUUACUGACGCAUCAGGACUGACCAAUCACAAUUAAGGUGAUUCCAUCGAAAAAGAAGGUGUAAUGGCAUUUCUGUUUUACUUUGCACAGUUGUUAACUACUCUAAGCUAAUCCAAAACAUAAAACAAAAAGUUGGGGUUACCUUCCUCAUUUUCGAGUUUUAGGGCUGUUAUAAAAACUACUCUGGUUAAGUAUAUAUGAAAGUCAUAUAUUUGAACUGCGGAUAAAGACAUGACACACCGGUUC